GAAUUCAACAGCAUCAAGGUUGUUGAAUUGCUGAAAUUUAUAAAAAUGCAAACUCCAUGGAGCAGAUGAAAAACAGCAGAACAACCCUAAUUAUAUGUUUCUUGAGAACCAGUUCCGAAACAGUUUCACAAUAUUUUAUUGAUCCUAUGGAAAAUUCUUAGUAGUCUCUGAAAUAACUGUCAGAUUAUUAAAAUCGUUCAACGAGAACACUUAGUAUUCACUCAACCUACGGUCUGCGUACAAUACUUACACAUUUUCUACAUUUCCAUCGCAGAGACGCAAACUCUGAAGAAAUUCGAUACAAUAUUUUAUUUUCUAAAUCACUUCGACUUGAUAACUUAUCCAAAAUGCCCGGGCAAUACACAAACCGCAAACACACCCGUUCGAUUAUGGUGAUUCUCCGCUUCCUGUGGGCUUUUUGCUAUCUCUGGACAAUGAUGCACGCGGCUGCCAUCCUGCCGAUUCCAUUUGAGCAAUGGGACAAAAAUUUGUGGAACAAUAAACUGAACUACGUAUUGACCUACAAGAGCCUGUUCGAAUUCAAAAUGAAGACGGAGAUGUACGUCCACAUUAUGGUGCUCGUGUUGUUGUUCAGUCUGUACCGCUGCUGCCAGUGCAGCUUCAUUGGAGCCCGAUUUUUGGAGGCACGAGUGGAGAAACCCAGACAUAACACCGCGAUCACGGUAUGGGCCAUUUUUCUCGUGGUGAAGGGCAAUGAGAGUGACACAACCUACAUUUUGAUCUGCCAAUUGGUCAUAGCCCUGAUUUUCAAGCUCAUGGUUUUGGCCAAUGUCCUCUCGGCUGUUCUGCGCAUUUGUGGCUACAUAAUGAUAUUCGAGAAGGAUUCGAUCGUGGGUCAGCUCAACUACAACAAUUUUGGCGAUCAUCUGAAUUUAUUCUUCCGCGUUUGAGAAACUGUUACUUUAUCGCAAAAUAAAUAUAAAUUUAAGGCUUUCCUUUGCUUGAAGGGAGCCGAAAGUA